AGAAUUUCACGACCUUCGUUGUUUCCCAUUCCUCCUCUUGAGAGAAACUUCAAAUGUUGAAGUUGAGUCAAGUCUUACCAAGAAGGUAAAUGACUUGGAUGUUGAAGUCUCUACUAGUAAGGAUAAGACUGAGAGUGUUGAGGACCUCCAAGAUUCAUACAAUAAAUUAUAUGGGGAGUGUAAACAAAAGAGGAGUUUUCAUUCAUUGAACAUAAGGCUCAAAUCAAGUGAAGAUGAUAAUAAAAUACUUCAUAUGGACCUGGUGAAGUCUAAGACUCAUAUUUGUGGGCUUGAGAAGGAGACAAAGUUCCUCCAAGAGAAAGUGAGCUUUCUUGAGAGUGAGCACAAAGGGCAUUUAGAGUAUAAGAAGUGUCUUGCGUUUAAGUUUGUCAAACUAGAUAGAGAUCUUCAUGAAUCGUAA